AAAAAGAAAAGAGUUGGCUAGAGUGGAGGUUAAAUCACGGAAAAGAUAUGUGCUGUUGGUUAAUCUGGUGAGGAGGACCUAGAGGAAGGAAAGGGAGCAGCUGCUGAGAGUUUCUGUUCACUUUUUGUUCCCCUGUGCUGUAGAGAUAUGGAGUCGGCCAUUAAGACCGUUGUGACAACGUUUCUUAGUUCUGCCAGAGGGAAGGAGAGCCUUGACACUAAAUCCUUCCAGAAGCUGGUCCAGAAACAGCUUGGUGGUGUCAUGGAGGACACAAGCAGUUCUUCUGCCAUUAAGGAGAUGCAGCAGGGCCUGGACGAGAACAGCGACGGAAAAGUCAGCUUCCAGGAAUAUCUCCAGUUGAUUGGCUACAUCGCCAACAGUCUCAGUCAGAGCAAGUCCGGGUCCAAAGAAAACACGUCAUAGGGGAGAAGAGGCCUUCAAGAGAUCUUCAAACUAAAGCACACCUUCUUCGUUCUUAAAAUGAAACAUUCCAGCCAUUAUCUAUACUUUUAUUUUCCUUAGACGUCCAUAAUCAUUUUACUGAAAUGCAAUGUUUUCCGAACUUUGCUCUUUG